UGUGUACGCUGUGGGAGUACCGAUUGCAGAACAAGGCUUACAACAACAGUCAGCUGUGUGAUGGAGAAAUAGUAGGCAACUCUUGUUGCGCCUCCAAUGUAAUAUUUUUGUUUCAUACUUUUUUUACCAUUGUGCGUACGUUCUUUAUUAGACGUGGUGGGACAUGGAGGACGACGCACCUGUCAUUUAUGGCCUCGAAUUUCAGGCUCGUGUACUCACUGCACAGACCGCAGAAACGGAUGCCAUCCGCUUCCUUGUCGGCACACAGUCCCUGAAGUUUGACAAUCAGAUCCACAUCAUUGACUUUGAUGAUGAGAAUAACAUCAUUAAUAAGAACGUCCUGCUGCAUCAGGCUGGGGAGAUAUGGCACAUCAGCGCCAGUCCAGCUGAUAAAGGCGUCCUUACCACCUGCUACAACAAAACCAGUGACAGUCGCGUGGUGACGUGCGGCGCGGUGUGGCGGAUGCCACCUGAGUGGGAGUCAGGCAGCCACGAGUCCCCCGACGACUCCUCCCACAACCCCCAGACGCUGGAGCUCCUCUGUCACCUUGACAACAGCGCCCACGGCAACGCCGCCUGUGUCAUCUGGGAGCCGAUGGGCGACGGCAAGCGUGUGAUCUCCCUGGCAGAUAACCACGCUCUGCUGUGGGACCUUCAGGAAAGUUCCACCCAGGCCACGAUGUCCAGCAGUGCCACCCUAGAGGGCAAAGGUCAGCUCAAGUUCACCUCUGGGAAGUGGAGCCCACAUCACAACUGCACUCAACUGGCCACCGCUAACGACACAGCCAUACGGGGCUGGGACCUGCGCACCAUGAGUCAGAUCUACUGUAUCGAGAGUGCCCAUGGCCAGCUGGUGCGCGACCUGGACUUCAAUCCAAACAAGCAGUACUACCUGGCCAGCUGCGGGGAUGACUGCAAGGUCAAGUUCUGGGACGUGAGGAAUAUCAACGAGCCCGUGAAGAGCCUCGAGGAGCACUCGCACUGGGUGUGGAGCGUGCGCUACAAUCACUCCCACGACCAGCUGGUGCUGACGGGCAGCAGUGACAGCAGGGUGAUCCUGUCCAACAUGGUGUCCAUCUCCUCCGAACCGUUCGGACACCUGGUCGACGAUGACGACCUGAGCGACGGGGAGGACAACCAGCAGGAGGAGAAGAGCAAGGAGCCCCUGCAGGACAGCAUCAUCUCCACCUACGAGGAGCACGAGGACAGCGUGUAUGCCGUGGAGUGGUCCUCGGCUGACCCCUGGCUCUUCGCUUCUCUCAGCUACGACGGCAGGCUGGUCAUCAACAGGGUCCCCCGUGCCCUCAAGUACCGCAUCCUGCUCUAGACGUCCAGCGCGGGG